AUGCACCAAACUUUCCGGUUGACCACGGUUUUCACGACAGAAAAUCGUCUGACCACCAUGACCUGGCCGAGCGUUUAUAACUCUUGUCCUGAGCAGGUUGCAUCGGAGCUGGAUAUCUCGGAUAAAUAUCCGAGGAAACACUCGUUCUGGAAAUACGAGCCAUCGAUUGGAAAGAGGCGAAGCGACCAACUUUCCACCCUUCCGGUGCCCAACUGCCAUGCUACUCGAAGGAAGCACGAGGGCUGGGAUACUGCCAGGGUGCUCAAUCCUAGACUGGGGAAGUCGAGAGGCGGAGGUCGGGUUCGAACCACGGACCUUCCGCUUAUCUUCAUUAUGUUGGGCGGGGUGUGCGUGCCGGCGAUGUUGACUUCGGCCAAUCUUCGUCGGAAAAAGGCGGGAACAAUCAGCGCAGGCCAAUUGGGCAACCAUGUUCGUACCAACACUUUCAUUAUCGUGAACUCGAUGGUGGGUUACCAAGCCAGCUUUCGAUUUGCACUACCUACCACACUUCUCACAUGUGAGCCUCACGAGUCUCUCCUGUGUACUGGUUGGAACUGGUGCGGAGGCGCCAGAUGUUUCGUGGUGUACAUUGACGGAAGUAACCAGCACAUUGAAACCAAACAGGGUGGCUACCCAAUCGACACCACGAGGAUGUGGCUCAGCUCGCUGCAGAGUUUUGACCUCUGUUGGGGUUUUAUAAUGGGAUGGCGGGGCCUCCGAGCUCUGCUGUUCGAUGUAACUCGUUACUACAGUCGGAGUCCCUGGUUUCCUCCGACUAUGAUUUCCUUCGUUGCUGGAGCGUCAUACAUGGUCUACAUGAAGUACAAAAUACCUGGUAUUGCUCUUAUGCAGAAGAAAACGGUGACAUCUGGUUAUGAAAAACGUUUUCGUAGCUUUGCUUCUGUGAAAUACAACGGCGUAUUGUUCAUGACUCCGAAGGACUUCCUGGAAUCCAUAGUCAGAGAUUACCCGGAAAGCUUGAAAGUUACCCGAUUGUCUGAACAGGACGUUGAGUCACUUUUGCGUAAAACGCCACCGAAAUCGAAAAGUUCGAUAAAAUUGUUUCGUGACUUGGGGAGCAACGGACUAAUUUCAUUCACGGAGUAUUUAUUUCUUCAACAGAUACUUACAAAACCCCAUUCUUGCUUUGAACUCGCCUUCAAAAUGUUAGAUACUGAUAGAAGUGGAGCUAUUGACGCAAAUGAGUUCUCAACACUGAACAGUGUCCUUGCUCGAUCACAGUCCUUGAGUGCUGUGGAGGAUGAAAACACGGACCUCGUAUUUCCCGAUUCAGACAAGGCUCAGCUGGGAACAACCUUAAUGCGGCACCUGUUUAAUAAAAAUAAGGAGGCACUUCUGACAUUGAACGAAUUCAUUCGCUUUACACACAAUAUACAAACGGAGUUAUUGGAUGUUGAAUUCCAGAGUCGAGCAAUCCACGCAGAUAAGAUUUCCGCGACGGAUUUUGCUCGAAUUUUGUUACGGUAUACUACCCUUUCAGUAGAAGAGCAUGACGGAUUUAUUCAACGUCUGAAUUCCCGCCUUAAGCACCGUGAAACAAUUACUUUCCAAGAAUUCCAAAAGUUUUUCAAUUUCCUCAACUCACUUGAUGACUUCUCGAUGGCAAUGAAAAUGUACACGCUGGCCGACAGACCCGUUUCGUUACCUGAAUUUAAUCGAGCGGUCAAAGCAUGUACUGGUUCUGCACUAGACGCACCUACUUUGCGCGUGGUCUUUGAACUUUUCGAUACGGAUGGAGACGGUUGCUUGAGUUAUCAGGAAUUCAUACAAAUUAUGCGAGAACGCAAAUCCCGUGGUCUGGAUACUAGCUCUGAGGCUCCGACACGUGGGGACGCCUAUCGACAAUGCUUUGCGAAAGCACUCCGCGAAUCAGCGGUCUAAUUUUUUCCAGACACCCUGUUUUAUCAAAUAGUUAACCUUUUUCUAUUUCAUGUACCUUCCUCUGUGAUACCCACUCGAACGACAUGAGAACGAAAAAUUUCCUCAUUUUCUUUUAGUUUCUUUAAUCUUUCUUAUUGUUUAUAUGUUUUGGUACUUUUGAAUCUCCUGCUCUAGAUUGACUGCACGUAUCGUAGGGCUUCGUGAUAAUAUCUAGGGUCAUUUUUGCUAUAUAUCUGGGUUAGUAUUUUGCUUACAGUAAAAUUAUAUAAUUUUUCUGGUUUUUCUGAAAUUACAUAUUGAGCGGGUUCAUUUCACGAUCAAAUGCCUUCAUGCUGUACAGCCAACCUUAUUUCGG